UCCGGAUAACAUCAUUGUAUUUUUGAUUUGAAACAGAUCAUGGAGGGAACGCCCGUGCAGCGCGAAGGUGCGACGACGUCGUCCAAGCCUAAAGUGCUAUGGUCUUCAGCGAAGAAAGCGAAAAGACAGAAGACCGACCACUUCUCAAGUGCCGAGAAGGAGAAUGCGAAUGCUGCCCAGAGAAACAUGACGACGCAGUUGGACGUCCUUAACGAGGACGAGGUCGUCCAGGUCGAAGCCAACCUCCAUGGCGACUUUGACUCCAUAAAGCUGCCGCGGUGGUUGCGAAAGCGUCGGGAGAUGCUUGUACGUGCAUUGAUUCUUGUCUCCUCUACAAAGUAUCUCACACAUCCCAUAGAAACAUACAGCGGAGCUCCAUGCCGCUCCUUCGACACCAACCCCUUUCACGCCAUCCGCAUCGUUCACAGCGCCAGAACUCACACAAGCGGCGAUGGCUCCUAGGGAAUACCGCAUCCUAAGACCCAUCGCUCGUCCGCCCCCUCCGAACUUCCCUGAGCGGCAGGUCGGUAGCGUCCUCGUAGACUAUCCUCGCCGCGUCUCGUCCGUGUCGCGCGCGCUUUAUCAAGCUGACACUCCCACAAAAGACGACUUUUACGUGAACGUUCUAGCCUCUCAUCCGUCGCAAUCAAUCGUCGCCUGCGCGACCUUGCAGGACGUGGUGCUUUACCGUGCCACUGGUGCUCGACGGACCACGCCCACCAUCUCCAUCGCCGACAAGCUCACUUCCUCGUCAUCCUACAUAUCGUCGCUUGCAUGGACAUCCCCAACUCAGCUUGCCAUCGGCACAUCCGACGCGAUCGUCCAUCUCUACGACGUGUCCCGCGCUGCAACAUGCGUGCAAUCCAUCGAGGGUGCCCAUACCGACCGCAUCAGUUCCAUGGCGUGGUCUGCUUCGCGUUGCGUCCUGAGCACUGGGUCUAGGGAUUCGACACUUGCACACCACGACGUCCGCCUUCGGCAGCCCACCCUUCCGACUCGCUCCCACGGACACGACCAAGAAGUGUGUGGACUGGCGUAUGCUGGCAACGGCACCACGUUAGCGUCAGGCGGCAACGACAACGUCGUGAACCUAUGGGACCUCAAGCAAGCGCACCAGCCGAUGCACCGCCUCAUGGAGCACUGCGCCGCCGUGAAAGCUCUCGCGUGGUGUCCGUGGGAAGCGUCGCUCUUGGCCACGGGCGGCGGCACCGCUGACAAGUCCAUCAAGCUGUGGAACUCCCACACCGGGAUGCUUCUGCAGUCGAAGACCACGCAUGCUCAAGUGUCGGCGUUGGUGUGGUCGAAUCCUGCAAGUGGUAACAAGUUCAAGGAAUUGCUCAGCGCCCACGGGUUCCAGUCCCCCGCCAUGACACUGUGGAGCUACCCGUCCAUGCAAAAGAUCCGAUCGUUCACCACGCGUUCCGGCCGUAUCCUAAACCUCGCGUCGAACGCGAGCUCCCAUGUCGUGUCGUGGUGCUCGGAAGGAACACUGCGACAAUGGGAUGUCUUCCUCCCGACGACAAGCGGGCUCGCAGUAGGAGGUCUGCGGCCACGGAGCACGCCGUCAGCUAACGACGAGAAUUCACAUCCUUAGUAUACCGUUAUUACUUGUACUUUAAAGCAAGCUGCUUCAUCGCAUCAGGGCCUUUCAAAUCAUUAUCCUCGAAAAAAAAUAUAUUAUUUAUUUUUCC